CAGCAACUGCACAAACACCAAAGGCUGAAGGUGCAGGGUCACGCUUUUCAGUCAGAGUAACUCUCUGUCAGGGAUGAACAGAAAGCUUUGGCUGUUAGGCUGACUGACUGAGAGAUGCUUCUUCUGCUGCUGUGUGUUGUUCUCCAGGCUUUGUCCUUGUCUCAAGGGCUCAGUGGAACAGAUGACCGAACUUCCGAGAGUGUGAAAAAGCAUGCUGAUCAUUCAGACAAACAGAUUGAGCUCUCCAAACUAAGCCUGUCUGAGGGCUGUUUUGGUGUGCUUAGGGCUCUUUACAAGAACACUACGGUCGAUGUGACCCUCAACCUUUUGGAUGCUCAGGAGAAGAAAGAGCUUGCUCUCCAAAUCUGUGAACGUUUAAGUUGUGGCCGUGUUUUCGAGCACGGCGCGACUGCAACAGUGCACAAUGGCACUUGUCUUGCAGACUGCAUCCUGAGAGACUCAAAACUGCACAACUGCACUACAGCCGCAAAAGGUGACUGCAUGAAUGCAACUGAAGUAAUUUGCGAGCACCAGGCUGUCCGAUUGGUUGGAGGACGUGAUCACUGUGCAGGUCGGGUGGAGCUGCUGCAUUCUGGGAAUUGGGGAACAGUGUGUGAUGAUGAUUUUGACAUCUAUAGUAGACAUGUAGUAUGUGCCCAGCUGAGAUGUGGCAGUGUGAUACGAGAGGGCUUUUUUGGGCCUGGAACAGGUCCCAUCCACAUCAGCCAAAUGAAAUGCAAUGGCUCCGAGAGCAGCUUAUGGGAGUGCGACUCAAUCAACACCACUGCCAGCAACUAUUGUGGACAUAAGGAAGAUGCUGGCGUUGUGUGUUCAGAAAGUGUUGAGAUCACACUCAUAGACAGCACAACCGAGCCGAACUUGACAACUCUGGUGCCAGUGUCAACUGCAAUGGCAGCUACAGAAAGCAGCAGUGGCGUUUCAGCAGCAGCGAUUGGCUGCGUCAUCUUAUGUAUUGCUCUGCUUAUGGUUAUUAUUUUGAAUGCUGCUUCCUAUGUGCAUUUCAAAAGAGCAAAGGAAUGUGUGAUUCACCAACAUCACAGUAAUUCUCACACAAGCCUGGAGUACCAGCCCAAUGUACACAUAGGAAUCUACAACACACAAACUGUCCCGGCUGCCGGGGAGCGUCAGUACGAAAGUCUUGGGCUGAGAAUGAGCUCAAAGUAUGGCAGCAAAUUCAGCACGAAAACAAAUCGGCCCACUCAUGACUCUGACAGUUCCACUGAUUCAGACUAUGAACAUCACAACAGCAAUCGACCGCAAAGACUGCAUCUAAACAACUCAAGAGAUGUGAAUGACUGUACAUCUUCUGGAGAAAGACGUGUGGACAACGUGGAAAUUAACAUGGACACCAUCCAAAAGUCAGGUGAUAAACCCCCAUUGACACCACUGUCUUUUGGUGCCCCUGACACCCACAGGCAAGCAGUAGAUAUGAAUGAUACAAGCAGUACUUCUUCUGGAGAGUUCUAUCAAAACACAAAGACCGACAUGGACGACAUUCUCCAGUCACGUAAGCACAAAUAA